AUGCUUUCUAGGCACCUCCCUAUCAUCCAGUACAGCAAUCUACAUACACACAUCACCAACCUCGACCCUACCAGCAUUCAACCGUUGUACUUCUCUCACCUCUCCACUUCUCUGCGUGUCUCGUUCUGUGUCUUCUGUCAACACACAGGCAUGACCUUCGGCGGGCUAUACGCGUACUCGUCUUAUUUGAUUAGUUCGAAUGAGGAGAUUGGUCAUGAUUUGGCUGCGGCAGCUUCAGCCGCACUGACACUGUCGAUGGGCCGCAGGGCUGUCAGAAGUGGCAAGUUCAUGCCCGCUGGUCUCGUCACGGGACUGGCGCUGGUUGCAGGGGGUUACAAUGGCUACAAAGCAAUGGACUACCGCGGGAUGAUUUGAUUGGCCGAUAGGAAAGCAAUGGACUACCGCGGGAUGAUUUGAUUGGCCGAUAGGUAGCACCCAACCUCCUUUCUCUGGUGGAGACCGAGGUCAAAGAUAGUACAUCAUAAAAAGGGCCACUAGAACGGCUUAUUCUGUGCGCAAUAUUGUAACACGUGCUUAUUGAUAAUUACCGUUGCAGAGGAUUAGUAACCACUCCCCAUUGUCCGUAGGCCUGUCUUUGUUAGAGGGAGGGUAGAUGCUCUCUCACAUGUGUGGCCGUACUACACUCUAUAUGCAGUGGGGUGGAUGGGUGGUGGUGCACUAAGGUGGAUAUUAUGGGAGGGAUAUGAGCUAGCAGGACCGUGCAAUAUAGUAUUAAUGUACAGAACUUUCUUUGUACGCGUUUGUUUAAACCCUAAAAAAGAAGAACCUCCCAAACAUCA